AUGCAGGCAGGCGCAAGCAAGGCCGGAACGUCAAAAAAUGCUGGCGCAGAGCAAAGGGCAGCAGUUGACAACGAUCGUAGCAAUGCGGUCGAGGGAUCGCAGGCCAAGGAGAGCGCGGUGAGCGGCAACGAGUCGCUAAUCCAGAUGAUGCUCCGGAGGAUGCUCCAGGAAACGUCGACCCAUAUAAUGAGCGAACAGAAGAAGAUGCUGCAGAGGCUCUGGGAUGCGUUGCUGGAGAACCAGCGAUCGGCGACGAAGAUGGUGAGCGACCAGCUGGAGAUGAUCCGACAACUCCAGCAGGAAAUCCGUACGAUCAGUGCCGAGGCAGCCGAAGACCGGAAGAAGACAGAAGAGCUUAGACGCAUGCACGAACAAACGGCUGACCAGCUCAGGGCAAUGCGAGAAGAGACAGCCGAACAGCUUAGACAGAUGCGGGAA